ACCAGAAAGUAAGGUUAUGAUUUAACCUACAAAUUUUGACAAUUAAAUAACCUAAAAUAUGCUCUAAAAACACAAUAUUAAUCAUGAUAUUACAUAAAUGGUACAGAAAAAUACUCCAACAAAAUGUGCGAAGCAUAUCGCGUCGGCAUAAAAGCCAAACAUCUGCUGAAUACUGCCUAAACAACGUAAAGCAAUUCGACUACGAAAAUUUUAUAUGCACUCUUUUGCUCAAAAACACAUCUAGAUCAAAUGCAUUAGCUGUCAGAGGGUUUAACGUGGAAGUAGCCAGAGUAGCGGAAGUAGUCUCACAGGACACAAUCGGCUUGAUGAGGCUUAAGUUUUGGGAGGAAACAAUUGAAAAGUGUUUUAGAAAAAAUCCCAAGGAAGUUCCACACCAUCCUGUGGCUGUAGAAAUAUACAAAGCUUUAACAAAAAAUCAGCUGACAAAAAGGUAUUUUAAAACUUUAAUUGAAGUUAGAAGGGAACACAUUAAUAUGAAGGGGUUCAAUACUUUGGAAGAUAUGGAAAAGUAUGUGGAAAAAUCAGUUUCAAAUGUUUAUUAUUUGAUUCUUGAAGGUUGUGGUGUCAAGAAUGUUCAGGCUGACCAUGCAGCUUCACAUUUGGGAAAAGCCCAGGGUAUUGUACAACAAUUAAGGACGAUUCCUCACUCAAAACGAUUGAGCUUUAUACCAAUUCCUCAAGAUAUACUAAUUAAAAAUCAAGUUAGUCAAGAGGACAUCCUUAGAGCAAAAUCUAGCGACAAGUUGAGCGAAUGUGUGUUUGAAGUUGCAAGUAGGGCUCAUUCUCAUUUAGUUAAAGCCAGAAAUCUCUCUGAGAAUGUGCCUAAACAAGCUAAACCAGUCUUAUUACCUGCAAUACCUGUAUAUAGUUUUUUAGAUAGGCUUCAAAAAGUUCAUUAUGAUAUUUUUCAUUCAAGUUUACAGCAUAGGCCUUGGACGAUUUUACCUCAAUUGUAUUUUAGCAAUUUAAGAAAUAAAUAUUAAAAAG